AUGUCUUCGGUGAAGACCGCUCGGUCCAGGGCGGCUCCGGUGAAGGAGAACGGAGCCGUCAAGACGGAGGAAGGACUCACCGCCUUCAAGUCCGAUAAGUUCGAUGCGGAUGCUUAUGUCCAGUCCAAAUGCUCUCUCAACGAGAAGGAAAUAAGACAAUUGUGCUCGUAUCUUUUGGAUUUGAAGAAAGCUUCGGCUGAAGAAAUGCGGAAAAGUGUGUACGCAAAUUAUACCUCUUUUAUACGUACAUCGAAAGAGAUAUCAGAUUUGGAGGUAGAGCUUUCAUCUAUCAGAAGCCUGCUUUCCACUCAGGCUACUUUGAUUCAUAGUUUAGCAGAGGGUGUUCAUAUUGAUCAACUGUCUGAAAAGAGUUCAGAAGAAUCCUCCGUAAAUAGUUUACUAAACAGUGAAGACAGAGAACCUUCUGACUUGGAGAAAUGGUCCAUUGAAUUCCCUGAUCUCCUUGAUGUCUUAUUAGCUGAGAGGAGAGUGGAUGAAGCUCUUGUGGCAUUUGAAGACGGCGAGCAUAUAGUUUCCGAAGCAAAAGAGGCUAAAACAUUGAGUCCUGGAGUUCUCAGGUCUUUGGAGACUGCAAUCAUGAAACGGAAGCAAAAGUUAGCUGAUCAGCUUGCUGAAGCAGCAUGCCAACCUUCAACCCGAGGCACUGAACUCCGUGCAGCCGUAGGAGCUCUUAAAAGCCUUGGAGAUGGCCCUCGCGCUCACAGUUUGUUACUCAGUGCACAUUUUCAGAGGUACCAAUAUAACAUGCAAAGCCUCCGGCCGUCAAGCACUUCUUAUGGAGGAGCAUAUACUGCUGCACUCUCCCAGAUAGUUUUCUCGGCUAUUGCUCAAGCUGCUACUGAUUCUUUGACCAUUUUCGGGAAAGAGCCAGCAUACACUUCUGAGCUUGUGAUGUGGGCUAGUAAGCAAACAGAGUCUUUUGCUGUCCUUAUUAAGAGACAUGCUUUAGCAUCAUCGGCAGCUGCAGGUGGUUUACGAGCUGCUGCAGAGUGUGUACAGAUAGCUUUGGGCCAUUGCUCUUUAUUAGAAGCGCGUGGUCUGGCAAUUUGUCCUGUGCUUUUGAAACUCUUUAGGCCUAGUGUUGAACAAGCAGUGGAUGCUAAUCUGAAACGAAUUGAAGAGAGCACUGCUGCUAUGGCGGCUGCUGAUGAUUGGGUACUUACUCAGUCUCCAACAGGCACUCGGCAGUCGGGAAGGUCUUUUGUUGCAUCUCUUGGUAAUGCAGUCGCUUCCCAACAUAAACUGACCAGCAGUGCCCAUCGGUUCAACUUGAUGGUCCAGGACUUCUUUGAGGAUGUUGCUCCCCUUCUUAGUAUGUUGGGAGGUCAAACGCUGGAUUGUGUUUUCCAAGUAUUCAACUCAUAUAUUAACAUGCUUAUAAAGGCAUUGCCAGGUUCUAUGGAAGAAGAAGCAAAUUUUGAAGGUUCUGCUAAUAAAAUUGUCAGAUUGGCCGAGACUGAAGACCAGCAGAUGGCAUUGCUAGCAAAUGCAUCAUUGUUGGCAGAUGAACUGCUGCCUCGUUCAGCAAUGAAACUUUAUCCUCUGAGUCAUCCUAGUUAUAAGGAGGACAGAAGAAGGAGACCAGCUGAUAAACCAAAUCGCCACCCUGAGCAAAGAGAAUGGAGGAAGCGCCUUGUGGCUGCUGUUGAUAGGUUGAAAGAUACUUUUUGCCGGCAACAUGCACUUGAUCUCAUUUUCACGGAAGAGGGUGAUAGUCAUCUUACUGCUGAUAUGUACAUCAACAUGGACAAUAACGUGGAGGAGUUAGAAUGGCUUCCUUCCCCAAUAUUCCAGGAACUUUUUGUAAAGCUGAACAGGAUGGCUAGUUUAGCAGCUGACAUGUUCGUGGGGAGGGAAAGAUUCGUGAGUUUACUGUUCAUGAGACUGACCGAAACGGUCAUAUUAUGGCUGUCAGAAGAUCAAAGCUUUUGGGAUGACAUUGAAGAAGGCCCGAGGCCGCUUGGUCCUAUGGGCUUACAGCAGUUCUAUCUCGAUAUGAAGUUCGUCUCGUGCUUCGCCGCCCAAGGACGCUACCUGUCACGAAACUUGAACCGGGUCCUCAACGAGAUCAUUAACAAAGCUGUGGCAGCAUUUUCCAGUACUGGGAUGGAUCCCGACAGGGUGCUUCCGGAAGACGAAUGGUUCACCGAGGUAUGCCACGAAGCCAUGGAAAGAUUGAGCGGGAAACCGAAAGCCAUAGAUGGAGAUAGAGAACUCAACAGUCCGACGGCCUCUGUUUCUGCACAAUCAAUCUCAUCUAUCAGGUCCCAUGGGAGUACCUAA